AUGUUGCGGCAGUCUUUGGCUCGAUCGGCCUGGCGGACGGGCAGGCGUGUCGCCAGCGCCCCGAGGGCUUUCUCGGCAACCACCCAGCGUCCGGCCGAGGUGGAACUCACAAUUGAUGGCAAGAAGGUGUCGAUAGAAGCUGGUUCUGCCUUGAUCCAGGCGUGUGAAAAGGCCGGAGCUACUGUACCAAGAUAUUGUUACCAUGAGAAACUCAUGAUUGCCGGAAACUGUCGUAUGUGUUUGGUCGAAGUCGAGAGGGCGCCGAAGCCCGUCGCCUCCUGCGCGUGGCCCGUACAACCCGGCAUGGUCGUCAAGACCAACUCGCCUCUCGUGCACAAGGCCCGCGAGGGUGUGAUGGAGUUCCUCCUCGCCAACCAUCCUCUGGAUUGCCCCAUUUGCGACCAGGGUGGCGAGUGCGAUCUCCAGGAUCAAUCCAUGCGAUAUGGUGCCGACCGUGGUCGAUUCCACGAGGUUGGCGGCAAGCGUGCCGUCGAGGACAAGAACAUUGGCCCCCUUAUCAAGACGUCGAUGAACCGAUGCAUCCACUGCACGCGUUGUAUCCGAUUCGCCAACGACAUCGCCGGUGCCCACGAGCUUGGCUCUAGCGGCCGUGGUAACGACUUGCAAAUCGGCACAUACCUCGAGCAGUCUCUCGACUCUGAGAUGUCCGCCAACGUCAUCGACCUCUGCCCCGUCGGUGCCCUGACUUCCAAGCCUUAUGCCUUCCGCGCUAGGCCUUGGGAGCUCAAGCACACCGAGUCUGUCGAUGUCCUUGACGGUAUCGGUUCCAACAUCCGUGUCGAUUCCCGAGGUCUCGAAGUUAUGAGGAUUCUCCCCAGGCUCAACGACGACGUUAACGAGGAGUGGAUCAAUGACAAGACCCGAUUCGCCUGCGACGGCCUCAAGACCCAGCGCCUAACCAUGCCCCUUGUCAAGAGGCAAGGCAAGUUCGAGCCCGCCGACUGGGAACAGGCCCUCACCGAGGUCGCUGCUGCCUUUGCCCAGAUCAAGCCCCAGGCCAACGAGUUCAAGGUCGUCGCCGGUGAGCUCACCGACGUCGAGACCAUGGUCGCCAUGAAGGACCUCGCCAACAGGCUAGGAUCUGACAACCUCGCCCUGGAUAUGCCCGCUGGAAGCCUGCCUAUCGCCCACGGCAUCGACGUCCGGUCCAACUACCGCUUCAACUCCACCAUCUGGGGUGUCGAGGAUGUCGACGCCAUGCUCAUCGUCGGCACCAACCCCCGCCACGAAGCCGCUGUCCUCAACGCCCGUAUUCGCAAGCAGUGGCUCCGCUCCGAUCUCGAGAUCGCCGUAGUUGGCGAGAGCUGGAAGUCGACCUUUGAGUUCGAGCAUCUCGGCACCGACCACGCCGCUCUGAAGAAGGCCCUUGUCGGUCCCUUUGGCAAGAAGCUCCAGGCUGCCAAGCGCCCCAUGAUCGUCGUGGGCUCUGGUGUCACCGACCACCCCGACGCCAAGGCCUUCUACGAGACCAUUGGUGCCUUCGUCGAUAAGAACGCUGCCAACUUCAUUACCCCCGAGUGGAACGGCUUCAACAUCCUCCAAAGGGCUGCCUCUCGCGCCGGCGCCUACGAGAUCGUCUGGCUCCUCGGCGCUGACGAGAUUGAUCCCGCCUCCAUUCCCCGCGAUGCCUUUGUCGUUUACCAGGGCCACCACGGUGACAAGGGCGCUGAGCUCGCCGACGUCAUCCUUCCUGGUGCCGCCUACACCGAGAAGGCUGGCACCUACGUCAACACUGAAGGUCGCGUCCAGUCCACUCGUGCCGCCACCUCUCUCCCCGGUGCUUCCCGGCCCGACUGGAAGAUUAUCCGUGCGGCUAGCGAGUUCCUUGGUGCCGCCCUUCCCUACGACGACCUCGCCGCUCUUCGCGAGAGGAUGGUAUCGAUCAGCCCCGCCCUCGCUGCCUACGACGUCAUCGAGCCCACCGCUCUCCCCCAGCUCAGCAAGGUGCAACUAGUAGACCACAACAAGGGAUCUAAGCCCACUGGUCAGCCUCUCAAGCACGUUAUUGAGAACUUCUACUUUACCGAUGUCAUCUCCCGAAGCUCCCCACGAUGGCUCGCUGCUCCGCCGCUAAGGCGACGGGCAACCCCCAAACGAAUUUCAUGGCGCCCGGUGUAG